AUGAAUCACAAUCAAAUGAAUAUGCAUGUGCCUAUGAACACCGUUGGUGGGACCCCGAAUGUAGGGAUGCAAAUGCCUGUACCAGGCACAAUAAUGCAGCAGCAAUCACCUCAGCAAAUGCAACAGCCUGCGAUGCCCCAGCAGCCACAACAGCAGGACAAAAUGGAUAAUAUAUCAAGAGUUAAAACUCUCAUGGGAUCACUCCGGGAAUCAAUACCCAUGACUCUGAAGUCUGCGGCGCAGAUUUUACACCAGAAUCAUAAUGUAGAUUCAAAUUCUCAAAAGGGCAUUGACAACCCAGUGCCAAGAUUUGACAAGAACUUAGAAGAAUUCUUCUCGAUUUGUGAUCAAAUGGAGCUGCAUCUGCGGACUGCAAUAACGUGCAUUCAACAAGCGCAGUCGGCAGCGCACUACCUACCUAUGACCGUCAUGCCGUCAAGAUUGGACACUGGACCGGCCACCACGGACACAUCACUCAGUUACCCCCAGUACUUGAACACGGUACGGCUGCAAAUCACAUAUGCUAAGGACAUACACGACACGCUCGUGGCAGCCGCACAGAACAUCUCGCCCACUGAAUAA